AUGGACGAGCCUGUCUCUAAUCAAACAGUUGUCUAUCUAACAGACCCUUACAAAGGCACAUUAAUCACCGACGAUUGCUAUGCCGCAAUUUCACUGGAAGUACUACCCCCUAAAGGACCUAUGAAUAGUGAUAACUGCAUCAUGCUUUCAUGCAACGACCACCCCUAUCUACGUCGACAAUACAUUCCAUCACAAGCCUACCUACGUCAGAACCCUCAGGUCAAGGUGGACUUUGUAUGGAUUGGCGUACCAAUGGAAUACGGAAUUUAUCGGAAAUUUUCGGAGAGAGAUUGGUUUCUAUCACUCAAGCAUGCUAUUGAGCAAGGUGAAUAUUCUAUCACGCGGAACCCGAAACGUGCAGGAGGUAGCCGCACUUUUUGGAUGCAAAUGAGAGGUUACUUUGGGUAUUCGGAAUAUAACCUGAUUUCUGCGGCUGCUGAGAGACAUGUUGAACUUAUAAAGCAGCUUGUACAGCAUGGGAUUGUAACUCUUAAGAAAGAAGGGAUCUUGUCGGUCCUUGGUCAUAGAAUUUGA